AUGUCAACAUUUGGUGGGUAUAUGCCUGAGUUUCCAGACAUUCGUGUCGAUUACUUCUGCCAAAUUCCAGGACGUACAUCUCCACUAGCAUACUUCUUAAGUCAUGUUCAUAGUGACCAUCUCGUUGGACUUGACAAUGAUCGUGUUAAAUUGCCGUUCGUUUAUUGCUCAGCUGCUACCAAGGAGAUCCUUAUCAGGCUUGAGAAGAGGAGAGAUCGGUUGAAUCUGGCGCAGGGAAUUCUAGAGAAGGAGGAGAGAACUUAUAAACAUUUGAAGAAUGUUUUGAAGCCAGUUCCAUUGGACACUCCGACGCUGAUUGAGUUGGCGCCGAAAAAUGAAGUUAGGGUUACGUUAUUCGAUGCUAAUCAUUGUACUGGCGCAGUGAUGUUCUUGUUCGAGAGAGAAAAUACCGCAGUCUUGUAUACUGGAGAUAUUCGAUCGGAACCAUGGUUCGUUAAUAAUUUGACACGAAAUCCUUUCUUGAUUGAGUACACUAGCGGCAUGAAGACUUUAGACUGUAUUUAUCUCGAUACAAGCAACAUUGGACCAAUGGAAUUUCCAACAAAGGCCGAAGGUCUAAAAGAAUUGAUCGGGAAAGUCAGAAAAUACCCGCCAAAUACCAAAUUUCAUUUCGCAGCUUGGACCUUCGGAUAUGAAGAGGUUUGGGCUGCAUUAUCACGAACACUAGAUUCACAAAUUCAUGUGGACAAAUAUAAGAUCAAAUUAUACGAAUCCUUGCGUCAGGAAGGAUCUAAUGGCCAACUACGUUUUCUGGCACCUGAAGGUCCUGUUUUGGUAGGGUGUGUUGUUGGAAAUAGUCCAAAACAAGGUUGCUUGACAAUUGAUGAGAGCGUACGAAUUCACAGUUGUGAAAAGGGAAUGGGUUUUUCUCUUUAUGGAGAAGAGGAUGUUGUAUUGAUUAGACCUAUUAUUUCUCGUCUGCCAUCUGGAGUUGAGGUAGAAGAAAUUGGUAUUGGAGGUGGUUGGGGUGAUUUAGUACCAAGAUAUGAAGUUACUAUGGAUUUUGAUGAUGUCAAGGAAUUGUUAGAGACAGUGUUUGCGGAGACAGAUGAACCCAUCGUUGAAGAUAUUCGAAGGAUGCUUCUCGCCGAAUUAUCGUCUACAGCAGGCGCUAUAUCACUAGAUAGUAUAUCAUCUCUUAGUGAUCAAAUCUCCUUGAAGGAUCUUGGUGAAUCUCUCUUACGAAAGUUGGCUCAUAAAUCCUCUAAAGCACUUGAAGAGAAAGACCUCCAUGCUUCACGAGACGAUCUCCUCAAGGUAAUCACUUUUCCAUACUCACGUCAUUCUUCAUAUCCUGAACUUUGUCAUCUUGUUGAAAUAUUCAAGCCAAAAGACGUGUAUCCAUGCACUGUGGAUGAAGAGAAUUGGAAUGAAGGAGUUAGUAUGGAAGAGCUCUUUGGUGAUCAUUGCUCUGCUUCAGUCUUUCGACAUGACAAGGAGAUGCGACAAAUGAUGGCUAUUAUUGUUGCAGAAAUGAAAAUGUCAAGUCAACAAACGCAAACAACAGUUGAAUCCAAAUAUUCUCCAAUGCCUAGCCAUCAUGUUGAGGAAUUAACAUUAACAGCAGCUAAACACGAGAAUAGAAGUCGUUCUUCUACACCAAUUCCACCUCAGAAAAGUUUAACCAGCACCAGUGGGAAACUGUGGUCGGAAGAAAUACUUACCUCAUCUCCAGCUCCACCAUCUCAAAUAGAUGUAGCUAGUAUCAGUCAAACACCUGGAUCCAUAGCUACUAAAUCAGACUCGAAUUCAAGUAGUCAGGCAUCAAGACGAAGAACAGCCACGGAGAUAAUUAGUCCACCGCCAUUGAAGCGUAUACGACUUAGUCAGGGCUCUCAGAUAGAUGGUCCAUCGUCAUCAAAACCCACUUCAACCUCUGCCGCAGUUGGAGAACAACUGGGUCUAGAGUCAAUUGACAAACCUAACGAAGACAGCAUUGACUUAGAGUUACCACUCACAACACUUAUGGAAAAACUCGACACUAUCCCUACACUAUGUGAAAAGGCAAUGACAGCAUUGAUGAAUCUUCAGAAUGGCGAUCUAGAGGUUGAAACAUAUAUCAGCCAGGAACUUCCAAAUCUGAAAUCCAUCAAUACACGAAUUGAUCAGCUCGUAUCACCUUCAGUACUCUCGGCCCUCCGCAUGACUAUGCUAUCAUUUUCUCGAGAAACCCUUGACAUCUUAUCAGAGUUCCAAAGCAGUUUUGAGGGUACUUCAGGCGUGCACAUAGACGUGAAUACAUACUUUUGCCGCCAAUUCUCACCUCUACAAUACCUCACGCAAGAGUUCAAACAAGUCACAUCAUAUUUAGCACAACCCCUGAGUCAACGUAAGCCCUGGGAUUCUACUAAGAGUUUAGAUAGCAUGUCUAAAAUCUUUCAAUCUAAAGCCAAUAAAGACGGAGAUAUAGUCGGACAUGGAGACAUUUUCACGCUCAUGUACGAUAAUGAGUUAGCGAAAGACGAUGGCAUUGAGGAUGGUAAUGAUGAUCAUACUCCAAACCAUAGCUCAUCCCUGAUCGCAGCUGGAGAAAUUAACUGUGGCAGCGAGAACCCUCCUUUUCAUGACCCCAUUGAUGACAUCACUAGAUGCGGGGAUUGUGGUCAUGAGAUUUGGUUGGAUCAAGCCGAAAGAUUCGAAUGGACGCCAGGUUUCUGCACGGGUUGUGGCGCCGGACCUACUCCCUUCUACGAAAAUGCUGAUUUCCCCGGAGCUCUUCCUCGUAUCUUCGAAGAAGAAGAUGAUGGAAGUGAGGUUUAUUCACAGGACGCCCGUAUCUUAAUUGGGAAUACACAUCUGGACUAUCAAUCUUCUGCAUACGAUACGCAAGAUGAAGAUUCUCAGUUGCAUGAAGAGUAUGAAAUCAAUAGCUUUAUCGAUGAUGACGAACCUGAUACAGAUUCAAAUUCGGAAUCUCAUACUUCUAAUCAUGAAAGUGAAGUAGAUUAUAAAGCUGCGUUUCAAAAUCUUCAGAAAGAUUUCAAUGAGCUUGAGAAUGUUUAUUUUGCUCUGGUGGAUGAAUACUCACAGUUUAAAUAUGAUAUGUUGGGAACUACUGAAGAAGAAGAUGAUGAUGAGGAUGAUGGUGAGGGGGAGGAUGUUUUGAUUAAUGAAUAUGGUGCGCAUGUCGUGGAUGUACUGGUUGCGCAGGGUGAUCAUGUGGUUACGGAUGUAGUUAUUUCGUCGUUUAGGGGGGAAGAUAGUCAGAAUUUUGGGGAAGGUGGAAAUGUGGAUGUGGAUGUGGGUGAGCGGGAGAGAGGGGGAGAUGGUGAUGAUGGUGAUGGUGAUGAUGAUUCCGCGGGCGAAAAUGUGGAUGGAGCAAGUACAGUUGCGAGAUCGUAUACUCUUUCGGGCUUGAGAGGGGUGAGUGUGGAAUUAUGA